UCGUUCAUCAUUGAAAGGAUAUCAUCAAGUGAUGGUACUCCAGUAGAAAUCAAUAAUUGUCCAUUAUAUGGUGAUAAACGUGUUCCUGAGGAAUUUUCGUUUGAUUGGUUUGAACUCCCAUUACUUUUAGGCAAUUCUUCCGUACUUUGUUCAAUAAAUGGUCCAGCUGAAGUUAAAUUAAGAGACGAAAAAUUGGAUAAAGCCACCAUUGAUGUGCUGGUUAGACCUUUAGUUGAUGCAACAGCUGCAAUAAAUGCAACUACGAUUGCUUUAAUCAAUGCAGGAAUUCCAAUGAAAGAUCUCGUCGCGGCGGUUUCUUGCGUUGUAAAUAAAGACGAUAAAAUAUUAUUGGAUCCUAUAGCACAUCGUCUUAUUAUUUUGUGA